AGAAAAAAAUUUCCAGCCACUGUUUUCUUGUUUUCCGUACAAAGUAUUUAAAAUAUUGAGUACAAAAAUCAGAGAAUGUCCAAAUACGGGACAAUCACCGGACAAAUUACAAAAUACGGGACACUUAUACGUCCCGGGUUUCUUUAAUAAAAACCCGGGACAAGCUGUAGAAAUACGGGUACGUCCCGGGUUAACCGGGACGGAUGGUCACCGUAGUAUAAGUAAAGAGAAGUAGUGAGUGAUAAGGCUUGAAUCCAUUGUAGUCGAAACCUCGAAACACCCAUGGCUUAGAAUCUCAAAAAAUAGGUGGAGGUUACUGAUGAUUGUUGUUAAAUAAAAAUGUUUAUAGUUCAUUAGUCUCAUUUGGAAACGCAAUCUAAGAAGUUCGAGUUUUCAGUCAGUGUCAGAGUGCAAGAUCUAUUUCCUUAACAUGCAAAAGUUUACUGCAAUGUCAAGGAUGAAAAGUGUAAAGAUUUUGUUGAUAUUAAUAUUGAUGAUAAUUUUUGCAGUUGAUAGAACAUAUGGAAAUCUUCGGCCCUGCAAAAAUUCUGGAAUUUGUGUUGCAUUUCUAAAUUGUACCACAAUCACCGAGCUUAGCAGAAGAUAUCCCACUAAACCUUUGCCACCUCCAGUAAGUAGUUUCGUGCGACAAUCCUUCUGUGGGAUAUCCAGAAAUAUUCAUCAUUUUUGUUGUGAUCCAAAAAGUGUUAUUGGCUAUGAAACAACUUCUGUACAGACUACAACUUCACUUCCAGUCACCACUUUUAAGUCCGUCGUGGGUGAACGCCGAGAAAUAGCUCCAGUACAAACGAUAGCUUCUUUUCCAGUUACCACUUCAAAGUACGUCAUGGCUGAACGUAAAGAAACAGCUCCAAUACAAAUCACAACUUUACCACCACUUACCACCUCAGAAUCUGUCUUGGGUCAAUCUGUUGAAAAAGUUUCAGUAAAAACCACAGUUUCACCCUCAAUCACCACAUCUACACCCAUCAGACGUGCGGGUGUUGAAAGAUCGGAAGAUUAUGUCCAAGCUGGAUUAGACUUGUUACAACAACAAACAAACUGCGGAAAAAGUGAUGCUAAUCGAGUUGCUAAUGGAGAAAAUGCUAAUCUCUCCGAAUUUCCAUGGAUGGCUUUGCUAAUAUAUUCUGAUGGUGUCGAAAGAACGAUUAACUGUGGUGGAAGUUUAAUCCAUGAAAGAUAUGUUCUCACUGCAGCUCAUUGCAUCUGGGCUGGAAGAAAACAACUGGUAAGUGUGCGCUUGGGUGAACAUAAUACCGAAUCCAUUGAAGACUGUGAAGGCGAGGGUGAAAAAAAGAAAUGUGCUCCACCAACACAAGAAAUUAACAUAGAAAAGGUUAUUUAUAAUAACGACUUUGAUCCCAGCAAGUUCUCCGAUGAUAUUGCAUUGCUGCGACUUGUCACCAAUGCUGUAAUUCGAUCCAAUGUAAAACCGGUCUGCUUGCCUAUAACGGAUAGAUCAAGAAAUAACUCUUUAAGUUACAUGAUGAUAGCUGGAUGGGGUCAUAUAGACAAUCGCUCUAAAGCUACAAUUCUACAAAAAGCUCGUGUUCCAAUAAAAACCAUUGAGUAUUGUCAACAAAUACACGUAGCGAUUAAGUGCAGCCAUAAACAACUAUGUGCCGGUGGAGAGAACCAAAUCGAUACUUGUAAAGGUGAUUCAGGUGGACCGCUAUUUUAUAUUGCGCCAUACAAUUUUGGUCUGCGAUAUGUACACGUACAGUAUGGUGUGGCUACUGGUGGUAACAGAGACUGUGGUUCUAAUGACCCUUCAAUAUACGUCAGAGUUGACAAUUAUUUGCGGUGGAUUGCUUCCAAUUUAACAUAAAAUUAAGUGUAUUCUCUGAUUAAG